UGUUUGCGUAGCCACGUAUUCCUAGUGAGAGGCAGCAGCCAUUUUGCCCCUUGACCAUCAAACCCGUCCACAUGAGCAUGCAGCAUUUAUCCCUGGGUUAACUCCACCUCAUCAUGAUGCCAUAUAUAUUCUCGACUCCCCUUAGAAGCCCUGGGUCAAUAUUUGACCCUUAGGCUAGGGCCAUGGAACAACUCGUGGAUGGUCAGGAAACGAAUCCAAAUACGUUCUACGCUGCCCAUCCAUCCUCUGGUACUCACCGCGAAUCUAUGACCCCGGCCUUCGAUGGCUCGAAUAAACGAAAGGCUAUACCGGCUAGCGAAGCUUCUAACAAGAGACUGAGAAAGUCUCCCGGUCUACAUGGUGGCCUACAAUGGUGCGGUGGAUUGCCAGGGGAGAUAUGGCAGCGUGUCUUCCUACAGCUUCUGCCAUUCGAUCUCGGUCGCUUGUUACGCGUUAAUGGAGCAUUCAAUUAUUGGCUCACCAAUGUUGAAGCGGAAUCAAAACACACCGAUUCUCCUCAGCUUCCGCGCCUUGCGUCGAGCACAAUAUGGGCACAAUCCAGGGCAAAGCAGUCUUCAAGGAUGCCCAAGCCCAUUCAGCCAGCGUCGGAACAGCGAAUGUGGCAGUUAAUAUGCGGUACAGCCUGCCAAUUCUGUGGACGACGGGAUUCACGAGCCCGUUCGUCGGGGAGUCAUGCUGGAGAUGGAAAGGCGACAAGUGGGACACAUAUCGUCUGGCCAUUCUUGUUGCGGUCCUGCUUAGAUUGCUUGGAGGCGAGAUGUGAAACUGAGGACGAUUUGUUCUUUUCAGAACAGUCCCAUCUCCGAGCCGCUCUACCAUAUCUUCCCGUGGACGACGACCGCAACAUAUUACUAUUCCGCAAUAUCCAUGCGCAGUUGAACGCCAGCCGACCAGGAACUGUCACAAAGUGGUUCUACAAACGCGACGUCAAGAAUUUGGAGGGUGAACUCGCCGAGAAGCUCAAUAGCGUGGGCAAGGCUGCUACGCGGGAUUGGUUUGAAGGGCUGAAACAAACUGCCCGGGAACGAAUUCGCGAGUACAUCGCAUGGGAGACCUGGUUUCAUUUCGAAGGCAAUAAUCUUGCAAAACAGAAGAAGCCAUCGUCUCAUACCUUGGAAGACGAGUUUGUCCCUCUCUCCGGCCGCUCCGUUUCCAAUCCGCCAACAGAUGAUGCAAAUCGGCCGUCGACCUUUGCGUACCCCCCUGCACAUGCAACACAUCCAUUAGCAGACAAACCCUCCAAUGGAAGAAACGAUAUGACCGCCAAAGAAAUGCAAGAGUUGGAAUGGAAACGACUGCAGGAGCCAGUGAGAGCCGAACUAGGGACCAUCGCGGACAACUUUAUAAGAAUGAAUUGGUCCAACGGCUCCCUGGUGAGCAAAGAAAACUGCUCAAAAUUUGCUGCUGAAGUUCUUCUGGGCGUGCGCCGCAACUACUACCAAAAUUCAUCCAGCGGUGGUGGACGAGUAGGGGCAGAAAUGCUGCCCGGCAAGCAAAAGUUAGUGUUGGAGAACAUGAAGUGGGUGUUCGACAACAAGAUCCGCCAGCAUACGGAUCCGCUCCGGAAGGAACUGUUCUUCUGCAGCAGUGAAGGGUGUCGGGGGACGUUCAAACAGUAUGCUUUCGAAGGUGUUAUCCAGCACUUUGGGGCGAGGCAUACUCCCAACUUCCGUGUCGGUGGGACGACGUUGAACUGGCAAGCCGCAGAAUGGCCCGAGGACCCUCCCUUCCAUCCAGACCCCAACUCCUUGAAGUCAAAUCCUGCGUUUUCCGGAUUCUUCCCUCAGCCGCCCGGUUCGGCGUUUGGCUACGGUGGGUAUUCUCGGGCCGCUUCCAUCACGCCUCAUCGAGGCCAGGUUCCAUUCCUUCCCCCGCAGAUGAGUCCGGCCGCAGUUCCACCGGCGCAACUUUCUGGAUCUCCUCAGACUGGUUAUAGACUCCCAGGUGCUCCCGCCGGACAAUAUGGUGGAUUUUCUCCGGCUCCUCCGCUCGGACAGGUGCCCCUUGGAUAUCCCGGACAUGUAUCCGGAUUGCCUGGAUCCGAUGGCGUAGAUGCGUUUACCGCAAACAAUAACUCUCAGUUUCCUCUUGUUAGCGGUCCGCCAAAUACUAACCCGAUGCCAGGUGCAGUGCCAUGGAAUUCCGGGCCCAGUACAUCUCAAUCCAUUCCUGUGUCUAUUCUCGGUCCAGAACACGCCCAUGACCAAAUGGAGCGCGACGCAGAACAUCCCUUUGUCCACCCAGAACCAGUGAGAUCAGCCCAGGAUUCAAGCGCAGCAUAUCCUCUUCUAAGGACCGAGAAUCCACCGAGUACUACUCGAGAUGUUUCUGGUCAUAUAUCCGAAAAGGCGCGCUACGCAUGGGAUAUCAUGGACAGCCCCGCUAUCCCUUUGUCUGUCCGGAUGUUUGUCGCUAUUUAUCAUGCAUUGUCAAGUUUGCUUACUGAUGCGGCCGUUUUGGAAGUCUUGUAUGAUGUUGUGAACAAGCAUGGGCUGAUGCAUCCCUUAAAGCUGGCUGGACCUCUUUCCUGCCGAAGCUGCGUGACUGUCGGGGACCGUUCUGGUCGGCCCGCAAGUGGCCCUCAUGCCGAACGUCAAUUUUCCACCUUUUCUGCUCUGUUGUCGCACUUUAGGGACGAACAUACCCGCCCCGGAUCAUAUGCGAACUUCCCGGCGUGGCUGAUUGAUAUGAUUGCAUUGCCGGAAGCCGCCGUGCUGGUCUAUAUUCACGACCAUCCAAGCAUGACGGUGAGGGCUCGCAAACUCCUCCGCGAGGCUUUCCCGACGGUCUUCAAGCAACAUGCUCCGGAGACACGAUCACCUAGCACUACCAGUGGACUCUCCACCCUGGAACGUAAGGCACCGGUUCCUGGGCAGCGUGAUAGGACCCUGCAGCAUCUUCGGGCGGAGAGUCCUCAUUCGGACUCCAUGCCGAAGAUUAAGAGCGAAGGCUCGGCCAGUUAUGCUGCGACACCAUAUGACACUCCGGCAUCGAUCCCCGCUCGAGUUCUUCCUAGAAGGAGAUCGCCCAUGGACAUUGAACAUGGAUUGCACCACGGAACGACACCUAGAUCGUACCAAAUUCUUCCUGAGGGACAGGGCGAAUGGAUCCAGGACGAUGGGCGCCCAGCAGACCGUUACGAGGAACCGUUAUCUUCCACAGUCGAUCAUUAUCGUGCGCGACCGGAUGCAUAUGAAAGGGUGCAUUAUGAACAAGCAGGAGCAAGGGUAUUUUACCGUGAUGGCGUAAGGUAUGAACGAGUUCCACGGUACGAAGGAGCCAGAGUGGAAGACGACUACGACAUCUUCCUUGAUGAUUACCCUUCCGGUCGUCCUAUUGGCGCGAGAUCAUCCUAUCGUGACAGUUAUCCAGCCUCUGCCCAAGAAGGAUAUUUUGAACCAGGGCUGCGCGAGGUUAAUGCACCAGGACACUCGGAACCAGUCUACAUUACCGAUCCAUAUGGACCAGAAUUUCGUCCCAGACAACGACUCAGCACCGGCGUGGAACCAGUGGAACCAGUGGACGACCCUUAUGAUCGAGAUACCAGAUAUGCUCGUUACCGCUCUAGCCGCGAGGCCGGACGAGCGCGCCAUGCCUAUCAUACAGGCCAAGGACGGCGCCCACCACACAUCACCGGUGGCCGACCGAUACCUGCGAGACAGAAAUACGUGCGAUACGCUGCGCAGAGGGAGCUUUUGACCAAGGAGCCAUCUCUUCCCCCUCCUGGAUACCGAGCCGAGCCCCCGAGGCCGGGGGAUUACCGAGAGUCGAGUACCGGCCCACCGCGACAUGCACCGGGACCUAGAUAUCUGCCCCACGAAGACCGACGGUCGAUCGAGCCCGACCACGAGCAAGAUGCGCACCCCGCCCGGCAACACAUGUAUCGAGACGAGCUUCAUCCCGACGAAGUGGAUGCCGAGUUCGUCCGAUAUCGAGAACUACCCCGAGGGCCGGAUACGGAGUAUUACGAUGACCCGCCGAGCGCUAACCGUGCGGGAGAACGCGCCCUACCGCGAUAUUACGAUGUCGUGGAAGCGCCAUACGAAGGCCCUCGGCGGAGUUCGCAGCUGGGCUCGGAACGGGAAGCCCGGCAGCAGGACGCCGUGGCGGGGCCUCAGGAGGAGCUUUUGCCGCCAGCAAGAGCUCCGGGAUACGUUGAGCCGCCGAGUUGAAGCUGUGGAGAUCACUGGUAGUGGAGGAUGUGGAAUAGACUCUAUUGUAUCUCCUAGAUCAGACGCUGGUGAUAUCUAAGC